GACAUGACAGUUUCCUACACGCUUGAAGUGGCCGAAGCAAAGUUUGGUGGUUUCUCCAAACUGUUGUUCAGGUGGAAGGGGAGCAUCUACAAGCUACUCUACAGGGAGUUUCUGGUGUUCUGUGGAGUUUAUCUGUUCUUCAGUUUAUUUUACAGGUUCCUCCUCACACCAAAGCAGCAGGACCUGUUUGAACGUGUGGCUCUUUACUGCAAUCAGUUCACCAACACAAACUUCAUCCCUGUUUUGUUUGUUCUGGGUUUCUACGUGACCCUGGCCUUUAAUCGUUGGUGGGGUCAGUACACCAGCUUCCCGCUGCCUGACGACCUGAUGAUGGUGGUGUCCGGGAACGUGCACGGUGCUGAUGACAGUGGUCGCCUGCUGCGACGCACACUGAUGAGAUACGCCAACCUGUCUUCGGUUCUGAUUCUCCGCUCCAUCAGCACCAGAGUCCGCAAGCGAUUCCCAACUUUGGAGCACAUCGUGGAAUCUGGAUUUAUGACCUCCCAGGAGCUUAAAAUGUUUGAGUCCCUUCACUCUGACUUCAAUAAGUACUGGAUGCCUUUGACUUGGUUUGCAAAUCUGGCAUCCAGAGCGAGAGAGGAGGGUCGAGUGAAGGACGACAUCGCUUUGAGGCUGCUCAUGGAUGAGCUGAAUAAGUACCGAGCCAAGUGUAGCCUCCUCUUCCACUACGACUGGAUCAGCAUCCCUCUGGUCUACACACAGGUCGUUACAAUCGCGGUCUACUCGUUCUUUGCCUUCUGUGUGAUUGGCCGACAAUUUCUGAACCCCAAGAAAGGCUACAAAGACCAAACAUUCGAUAUGUACGUCCCUGUUUUCACGCUGCUCCAGUUCUUCUUCUACACUGGCUGGCUCAAGGUGGGGGAGUUGAUUAUCAAUCCAUUUGGAGAAGAUGACGAUGACUUUGAAACCAACCAGCUGAUCGACAGAAACAUCCAGGUGUCCAUGCUGGCUGUGGAUGACAUGUACCAGAACCUUCCACCUGCUGUGAAAGACAAGUACUGGGCCCAGGGACAUUUUUCUGUCCCUUACAUUCUGUCGACUGCAGCAGAGAGUCUCAAACCAGCCUUCAAAGGCUCCACCUUUGAUAUGAGGAUGAGUACAGAGGAUCUUGAUCUUCUCCAGCCUGAGGAUGUUCUGCUGAAGACGCAGUAUUUGCAGAGGGGCAAAGGUUUCCUCCACGAGAGGAGUCUGCCCUCUUUGGCAGACGUCUCUUCCCAUCAUAAUGAGAGUGAAGAUGGUGAUGGUGCUGAUGGCAGGGAUGAUGUCACUUUAACCCCUGAUGAUGACAUCACUGCCACCAGUCGCAAAGAACACAAAGCACUGAUUAGAAUUGAGGUGGAAAAACACAUCUGAUGUACCCACAAUGUACGUUUUUCACUCUAAAAGAAGCCAAAUGUUCCAAAUAAACCAA